AUGGAAUUUGAAUACGAGACGCGUUCUCAGGAGGAACUGACUGAUGGAGGAGAUACGGAGGAGAUAUAUAGGGAACUUACAGAGUCCGUGGUCGAGGUUAGACGAGCGAAUGAUAGAUUAAUGAUUAUUAAGUUGGUGGUUGGAGAGAGCACCCUAAUCGUCGUUAGCGCUUAUGCGCCGCAUGUGGGCCUAGAUGAGGAGGUUAAACGGCACUUCUGGGAGGGGUUAGAUGAGAUUGUGUGCCAGGUUCCGCCUGCUGAGAAGCUAUUCAUAGGAGGGGAUUUCAAUGGUCAUAUUGGAUCGUCCGCAGGUAGUUAUGGCGAGGUGCACGGAGGCUUCGGUUUUGGGGAGAGGAACGGGGGAGGUACCUUGAUGUUGGACUUCGCUAAGGCUUUUGGGUUGGUGAUUGCGAACUCUAACUUUCCAAAGAGGGAGGAGCAUUUGGUUACUUUUCAAAAUAUGGUGGCGAAGACUCAGAUUGACUAUCUCUUCCUCAGGAGGUGUGGCAGAGGGCUGUGUAAGAAUUGA